AAAACCCGUUACUAUCGCGCUCCACUUGGCUAACUCGCAGGAUUGAACCGUCUUUGGUGGCUUUCCAUUUUUUGGACACUGCAAUGAUCAUCGCUGUCUGGCCGUCCACUGCUAAUUUUUGACACGCGCGUUGGUUCGGCGAUUCCUUCAAGUACCGAAACUGUCGCCCCAUCCCUGGCCAUUUUUAAUUUCUUCUGCUUGUCCCAGCCUCCAAUCAUGCAUGGGACCCGGGUAUUUGCAUGGCCAUGCAGUUCUACAAUGUCUUUGAGUAUGCCAUAGUGCGCGACCAGCUCAUCGCCAACACGGCACUGGUGGCCGUGAGUACCCUCGCGCUAGGGCUGCGGUUUGUCUCGCGGCGAAUCCGCCACAGUAAGAUCUGGUGGGACGAUGUUUGUAUCGUCGGAUCGAUGCUCAACACCUACGGCAUGCUUGCGAUGCACUACCACUAUGCGCGCUUAGGGAUGCGCCAUCAUAUCACCGAGAUCCCCGCCGCAAAUGCCAUCUCGAUCUUCAAGAUGCUCAUCGUCUACCAGAUCAUCUACUACAACUGCAUGGUCCUGGCCAAAUUCUCCUACCUCUUCUUCUACCUCCGCAUUUUCGUCACGCGCGGCUUCCGCAUCGCCGCGUGGGUGUGCAUGGGCUGUGCCGCGGCCUACUGGCUGGGCAGCAUGCUGCAGAUCUUUCUGAUCUGCCAGCCGUUCGAGAAGAACUGGGACGCGACGCUGCCGGGCCACUGCGCCAGCAUGAACGUGGCGUUCUCAACCAUCGGUGCCUUCAAUUUGGUCACGGAUCUGGUCAUCAUGGCUCUGCCUGUACAUCACAUCUGGAAACUGCAGACCACGACGGCGACUAAGCUGGCGUUGUACGGCAUUUUCGGACUCGGCGUCUUUAUCUCCGCCAUCACCAUCAUCCGCAUCCGCGUCCUCACGACCGUCGACUUCGCCGACCUCUCCUACAGCAUGAUCUGGGCCGCCUUCUGGAGCGUCGCCGAGCCCGCUCUCGCCAUUCUGAAUGCGUGCGUCCCCAUGAUGCGCCCCGUCUUCAAGGCCGCCUUUCCCGGCAUUUUCUCUUCGGCCAAGGCGGCGUAUUCCUCCCAGACCGGGGCGCAAUCCGGGGCGUCGGCCGGCGCAUUUCGCCGGAUGCGCGACACCGAGAGCGAGCUGCCUCUGACCCAUCUGGAGCCGUCUAAAAGCGGCAGUCGGGGCCAUGACUACGAGAUUUCGCUGGGUGACCGGUCGCAGGAGGAGGUGGAGUCGGAUGCCGUCGUCGUCGGGCAUCAUCCGUGACGGGGUCUGACCGACUCGUGGCCGUGAGUUGUCUGGCUGGUUGGUCUCGCUGAGUAACUAUCUGCAUUCUGCACCACCACAAAGGUCCAAGUUGACCCAGAAACCACAAUAAAGAAUAUAGCUAGAGCUAGAACUUUA